AUGGCGCUGACAACAUCCAGCGUGAUUCUUUUCCAAUUUAUUGUCGUCUUCUGUUACGGCAUGAACCCCACUACUAUCCUGAAUCUAGGUGGUUCAUACGACAAAAUUCUCCAGGGACAUGGUUAUGAGUUGUUGAAAGUUAAAACACUGGAACAUUGUCACAGAAUUUGUCUGUACUCACCGAAGUGUUUGUCUGUAAAUUGGAACAUAAAGACAAAGUAUUGUCAACUGAACUCGGAAGACUCCGGUACUGGAACUCUGAUGAUGUCCACGGGAGACGUGUACGUCCCUGCGCUGAGUUCCAACAUCAAGAAUCACGCUUGCAUCUUAAGCCCAUGCAAGUUUGGUGAGGUGUGUAUUCCGGUGACGUCAGCGGCAGACUUCGUAUGCUUGCUUCCCGGAGAUCAAGUAUCAACAACAACUCAAUAUUCUACUCCUACUACGAUGCCUACAACGCCGAUUCCGACAACGACACCAACAACUACACUAACAGCUCCGAUGACAACAACUCCAACAACAACAACUCCAACAACAACACCGACCACAACCACUCCGGCAAUGACUUCCACCAAAACCACUCCAACAACUACGAUGACGACAACCACUCCGACAACAACGACUCCAAGCACAACCACUCCGACAACUACGAUGACGACGACGACUCCCACAACUACAACUACGACAACGACAACGACUCCAACAACAACUACUACAACAACAACGACGACUAGAGACUGCUCGACGUAUUCAAGUUCAUUCACAAGAAUUCAAGGAUACGUGGUCUGGCUGCUCAACAAUAGAAGCAUCUACAGCGUCAGCUCGGUAUCAACGUGUCAACAAUACUGUGUACAGAAUACACCGUUCACGUGCAAGAGUUACGAAUACUAUUACGGAAAACAAUGGUGUUUCCUCCAGUCCUUUGUAAAGGAUGAUGCUCUCAGCGAAUGGAGAAAAGAUUCCAGGGGAGACUAUUUCGAACGUUUGCGUCAGUGUGAUAUCUCUGUGUGA